UACUGCGCCUGGAGGGCGGGAUCGGACGCCUUCAGGGUGUUAAUGCUACUAACCGAGAACCCAGAGACUAACAGAGAAUUGAGGUUAACCCCAACUGAAAGAAAUGCGAUUUUAACCUUUUCAACUAAUAUUUACACUGUGCGCUCCAGAGAUCCUCAACCAAGACUCAAGAGACAGUGAAUCUAUUAUGGAGGAGGAAUCUCUUUUGGAUUUGGGUGAUCUGACUGAAGUGGAGCAAACCACCAUUUUAAAUGUGUUGUUGAGGGAUAACCAAUUACGCACCUACGAUGAGGGCCGGAUCAGCAAACUCAAACAUGUGGAGGCAGACCCUGUACGCCUUCACUUCCUCACAGGCGCGUGGUUCAAUGAGCAACGAGCCAAGCGCUAUCAGAAUCGAGGGACUGAGGUUGUCCAAACCUCUAUUCGCCGCAAAAAGAGGGACAGAGAUUUGCCUGUGAUGUCAGUGUUUGAAGAAAAGAAAGAACAAAAGCCAUACCAGGAGCAGGAAGAGAUUAUAGAAGUGAACUCGACAGACCAGGAAGAGAUACGAGAAAAAGAAGAAAUAAUAGAAAAAAAACCAAAUAUAGAGGAGGAGAAAAAAGAGAGUGCAGCCCCCAAACCACGACCAAGGACUAAACAAAGCACAAAGACAAAUACUGAAAAGAUAGAUGAUAGUUCAGAAGUUGAUUCAAGGGAGAUUACCGGAGGAAGUGUUGUGGAUUCAGGGGCUUUAGAGGACCGGUCACUGCAGAACACAACCUCAUCGUUACAGGCAGAUUCUGAUGGUGAUAUUGAUUCUGGCAGUACUGAAUUGGACUAUACCGGAUUUGGCUCAGUAAACAACUUGUACUCUAAUAAUACGAUGAGUGGCAGCAUGAUGAGCCUAUACAGUGUCGGGGAUUUUGGAAGUGUUACAGUGACUGGCCAGAUCCAGUUCUCUCUGCUGUAUGACUCUAGGAAAGAGGAGCUUCAUGUACGAGUUUGUCGAUGUCAGGACCUGGCUCCAGCACGUAACAAACGUUCUGAUCCGUAUGUGAAGUUGUACCUUCUGCCAGACAACUCAUCUCACAGCAAAAGGAAAACGACAGUAAAGAGGAAAACCCUCAAUCCUGUAUAUGAUGAAACACUCACGUAUAAAGUACGGAAAUCAGACCUGAUGGCUCGCGUGCUCAGUGUCUCAGUGUGGCAUAUGGAGCGCAUGCGGAGGAACCUGUUCUUAGGGGAGGUGGAGGUGCAGCUCAGCAAUUAUGACUGGAGCCAGACUAAACCUACCUGGUACCCCCUUCAGCCCAGGGUAAAAAUAAAUCCUGAAGCUGUCAUCAGCAGGGGAACCAUCCUACUAACAGUUAAAUUCAUACCACCUGGCUCUGAAGAAGGGGGGUUCCCUCUCACUGGUGAGCUACAUAUUUGGCUAAAGGAGAUUGUUGGAUUCCUUCCUCCAAAACGUGGUACUCCAAGUAUCUUUGUAAAAAGUGUGAUUUUGCCAGAUGAAAGCGGUGUUAGUGGUCAGAAGACACGGGUUAUCCGUGGCUCAGUCAGUCCUGUUUUUAACCACACUAUGGUGUUCGAUGGGCUGCAGUCCGGUGACCUCUCACAGGCAUGUCUUGAAAUUACUGUGUGGAACUCUUCCAGCUCUCUUGGUGGUGUGCGCCUCAGCACAGGCUCAGGUGAAAGUUAUGGUCAAAUGGUUUGCUGGAUGGACUCCACUGACGAAGAAAUCAAUGUGUGGAAUACAGUAAUUCAGAACCCCAAUGACUGGGUGGAUGUUGCUCUCCCAAUCAGAACCAACCUACAGCAGUAACACACCUGGCCUAACAAAUCAAGUCCAGCAAUUUCCUUCUUUGUUUUUUCACAGGAAUUACUGCUGUCUCUCUGUGACAAAUCUUGAAAGUCCCUUAAAUUCUCUAUCUAUUUUUGCAAUUUACAUACAGAAAUAUGUAAAUCUGAAGGAAUUUCAAUCUGCUGACCCCUCAGAAAAUCCUAGUGUUUGGGAUUUGGAGAUAUCUACAAUGUUAUAAUACUUAUCAUAAUAUUUAAACCCCGUGGUGGCUUCACAAACACACUGGACCAAAAUUUUCUUUUGUAAAUAGUAUUUGAAGUGUUAUUUUAUACAUCUAAAUAAUAUGGUUUGAAAGGUGUAGCUUUAGGUUUUGCCAUGUUUUAGUAUUCUUGAAGAUACAUAAAGCAAUGUAGACACCACUUAGUGCUACAUGAUUAUUUUUGCUUUGAAAAGCACUUGCAUUGGUACUUCCAAACUUGGAAUAUAAGAUAAUGAGUACAAAUAUAUGUUCUUAACUUUUUUUAAAAGAAUGAAUGGUUUUGUAUCUGCUAAUUAAAUAAAAAUAAAAGUGAUGA